CGUAAAUCUGGAAGUUCGAGCGAAACUAGCCACUUCCUCUCCUUGCCGUGGGAAAAUCGUACAUAAUUCUCCGAGUUUCGUUUCGCUCUCUCUCAAUCUUCACGUUAGAUCCAAACCUCCGCCGGCAAUCCGAUGCGGUCCACCGUCCGGUUAUUCUCUCUCAUCCCCCUUAUCGGCGUCCUCAUUGUAUCGUCGGUGUUCGCUUCCGAGUCCGAUCACAAGUAUCAACCAGAAGACCAAGUUAUCCUUUGGGUAAACAAAGUUGGACCUUAUAACAAUCCACAAGAGACUUACAAUUAUUACAACCUUCCAUCUUGUCAUGCUGGUAAUGCUGCUCACAAAUGGGGUGGGCUUGGUGAGGUCUUGGGUGGAAAUGAACUAAUUGAUAGCCAGAUUGACAUAAAGUUCCAAAAAAAUGUGGAGAAGAGUACCAUUUGUGAACUUGAACUUGAUGAAGCUAAGGUCAAACAGUUCAAGGAUGCUAUUGAAAAUAGCUAUUGGUUUGAAUUCUUCGUGGGUAUGCAAUGGCAGCAAUGCACUCUGUUUUUUUUAUCUUUAAUCGAUAUGUUUAUGGAGGACUGCAUUGUUAUUCGGAUAUUUAUUUUGGCAUAUGCUUUGAUGCACAUGGAAUUGCUUUAAUUUUUUUUGAAUAUGGCAAUUUUAUGGAAAUGGAACCAUAUGUGUUGUAAGUUAUUGUAAACAUGCCUCAAAAAUGAAAAGAAUCCAUCGUUAGAUAAAAAUGGUCAUAUUGUAGAAAUUAAAAAACGUUUAAGAGUUCUUUAUCUCAAAGUACACGUUUUCAGAAAACAUAUUUGCCAUGCUUUAUCAUACACGUGAUCUACUCGGACAAUCACAAAGUUCUGCUGCCACAAUCAUGGUUGUCAAUUGUCAUAAACUAGCAUUUUUUUCUGCUUUUUACUCCAACAGAAACAAAGAAAAUUGGAAGUUAAUCUUCCUGUAGCACUAAAAGGUGUAUGCUACUUUUCUGGUUAUAACACUUUUGUAUGUGCAGAAUCUAUUUUAUACUUCUUUGAUGAGAUUUAGAGGUUUCAGUUCUUUUAUGUACUUUUUUGGAGUAUUGUUGUUUCAUUUUGUUUUCUUUCCUCUGAUCCCGUUUUCUUUGGUGUCUGAUGUGCUGAAUGCAAGCUCAGAUGAUCUGCCUUUAUGGGGUUUUGUUGGUGAGCUGCAUCCUGAUAGGAAUAGCGAGAACAAGCAUGUGCUUUACACACACAAGAAAAUUCUUGUUAGAUAUAACAAAGAUCAGAUCAUUCAUGUUAAUCUCACUCAAGAGAACCCAAAACCGCUGGUUGUGGGUAGACCAUUGGACAUGACAUAUUCUGUUGAAUGGACUCCGACUAACAUAACUUUUGCACGCCGUUUUGAUGUUUACUUGGACUAUCCCUUCUUUGAGCAUCAGAUUCAUUGGUUCUCCAUUUUUAAUUCUUUCAUGAUGGUUAUCUUCCUCACUGGUUUGGUGUCGAUGAUAUUGAUGCGAACUCUUAGAAAUGACUAUGCCAAGUAUGCUCGAGAAGACGAUGAUCUGGAAACUCUGGAAAGAGAUGUGGGUGAAGAGUCUGGUUGGAAACUUGUUCAUGGGGAUGUUUUUCGCCCUCCUCGCUAUUUAGUAUUAAUUUCUGCUAUUGUUGGCACUGGAGCUCAACUUGCAUUGCUGGUUCUCCUCGUCAUCCUGGUUGCAAUUUUUGGAAUGCUGUACAUUGGGAGAGGAUCAAUUGUCACAGCUUUCAUAGUAUGCUACGCUUUCACAUCAUUCAUUGCUGGUUAUGUGAGCGGGGGGAUGUACUCACGCAAUGGUGGUAAAAAAUGGAUAAAAUCAAUGAUCCUCACGGCAUCACUUUUUCCAUUUUUGUGCUUUGGGAUUGGUUUCAUCCUGAACACAAUUGCUAUAUUUUAUGGGUCUUUAGCAGCUAUUCCUUUCGGAACUAUGGUCGUGGUUUUUGUCAUUUGGGCUUUCAUAUCUUUCCCUUUGGCACUUGUUGGAACAGUUGUGGGAAGAAACUGGAGUGGCGCUCCCAACAAUCCAUGUCGUGUGAAGACCAUUCCCCGUCCAAUUCCUGAGAAGAAGUGGUAUCUUACACCAAGUGUGAUUGCAAUGAUGGGAGGGCUGCUACCCUUUGGCAGUAUAUUCAUUGAGAUGUACUUUGUCUUCACAUCCUUCUGGAAUUACAAGGUGUACUAUGUCUAUGGAUUUAUGCUGCUGGUUUUUCUCAUUCUCAUUAUUGUUACAGUGUGUGUAACAAUUGUGGGAACAUAUUUCUUGCUAAAUGCUGAGAAUUAUUACUGGCAAUGGACUUCUUUCUUGUCUGCUGCCUCAACAGCUGUUUAUGUGUACUUGUAUUCAAUAUAUUACUAUUAUAUGAAGACUAAGAUGUCAGGGUUCUUCCAAACCAGCUUCUACUUUGGAUACACAAUGAUGUUUUGUCUCGGCUUAGGAAUCCUCUGCGGAGCUGUUGGUUAUUUGGGCUCUAAUCUGUUUGUGAGGAGGAUCUACCGAAACAUCAAGUGUGACUAGUUCUUAUCCAGGCAAGAAUAGGACAGAUGCUGCUUCCGUGUAUGUCUAAAUCAUUGGGAACAAAACCGAGUGGAAGCCCUCUGGUCAUGCGUUGGAUCCCAACAGUCUUCACAGUCGCAAUUCAGUGUUUGAGGAUGUUACGUAACUCUUCUGGAUUAGGGUAAGCCCCCUGAUAUUUUUUCCUUUCCCCAGUCUGUAGGAGAAAGUCUUAUAUUACUUGAUUUAGAAUGCAGAGAUGGUUUUUAGAAUCCGAAAAUCUAGCAUGAGUUGAGACUUUACCUUUCAUGUAGCUAUUUACCUCUUCUUCCCUCUAUAUAUAAUGGAUGACUUUUGUAAGCAGUGCCAUUUGCCUUUUCUUUUAAUUUGUUGCUUAUUAUGCUUUUCGCAUGUCUGGGACAAGGAAAUGAAUUUUGAGCUUGGAUACUAUGUGCCAACAAUUAUUUCUAUCUAUGCAUUGCAUAUUAUUCAGAACACCA